UGUGAUGUAUAUAUUAUGCAAUGAGGAGCCGCUUUGGAUGAGUUUAUGUCUCAGCAUUGUAAAUCGCGAGCUUGAGUACAAAGGCUCGUGGAAGAAGACUGCCUUGCAUCAACUAGGAUUGAUCGACAAGUAUUAUGAAGCUUGCAGUCAAAAUUUGGUUUUUGAAGGUUUUAGUUCGUUAUUUCUCUAUAGGAGGUUGUACAGAUGUUAUACCUCAUUAAACAGUUUCUCAUUUGAUGAUGGAAAUGUCGAUAGGAGAAAUAAUAUAUCUUUAGAAGAAUUCCAGGAAGAGUAUGAUGGUAAAAAACCGGUGUUGAUUGAUGGGCUCUCUGAUAAUUGGCCAGCAAGGAAAUCAUGGACAACUGAACAACUUUUAAUGAAAUAUUCAGAUACUAAGUUUAGAAUAUCACAGAGGAGUCCCAAAAAAGUUAAUAUUAAGUUUAAAGAUUAUAUUUCAUACAUGCAACUCCAACACGAUGAAGAUCCUCUCUAUAUUUUUGAUGACAAGUUUGGUGAAGUCGCACCAGACUUGUUGAAAGAUUACAGUGUCCCACAUCUAUUCCAAGAAGACUAUUUUGAUGUUCUGGAGAUGGAUAAAAAACCACGUUUCAGAUGGCUUAUAAUUGGACCAGAGAGAUCAGGAGCCUCAUGGCACGUCGAUCCAGGUCUUACUAGUGCAUGGAAUACUCUCCUCUGUGGCCGUAAAAG